ACCAAUACACAGCAGCAGGUAGCAGCUAAAGAGCGGCUUUCCUUUAACUUUUAACGUUUUAGAAGUUUCUUCUUUUUUACUUUGUGUCCUUGUUCUGUAUUUUGCUAACGUUACAUACCUAAACUCUUGGUCAAGCAACUUAAGCGGGAUAUUUUCUCAAUGCCUGUGACUAACAAUAACGUUGCAGCACCUGUGAGAAAGGGCUCAAUUGCUCAGAAGAUUCCUGGCACGAAGACGACCAAAGCCGCAAGUAAGAAAAAGGAUGAGGAGGAAGGCGUGGAUAUGGGCGAUGGAUGGGAUGAGUGGUCUCAUGGGAAAGCACUUACUAAGCCGUCAGAUCAGCUGGAGCUCACUGAGGCUGAGCUGAAAGAGGAAAUCACAAGGAUCCUGACUGCAAACAACCCACAUGCCCUCCAAAAUGUUGUUCGGUAUAGCUUCAAAGAACGUUCCUACAAGCCUACCGCUGUUGUAGAUCAGAUGGCUGUCCACUUUGUGUUGGAGGGCAGCCUCCUGCAUCAAGACUCCGAUGAGGCUCGGCGACUGAGGGCUAAAGAGAGUCUCUCUGAGGAGAUGGCAACAGUUGACAGUGCAGCGGAACAUGAUGAGGAGAAACCAGAACUCACGGUGACACCUGUAGAAGAUGGAGGAGAAGUGGAGGAAGCUGGAGAAGAGGACAGACCAGAUAGCGUUGUUUCCAAAACUGACAAAAAGGAGCCAAAACUAACUAACCAGUUCAACUUUAGUGAGAGGGCCUCCCAGACCCUCAAUAACCCCCUGAGGGAGAGAAGCUGCCAGACUGAACCUCCUCCACGCAGCAUUUUCUCUGCCACUGCUAAUCAGUGGGAGAUCUAUGAUGCGUAUGUGGAGGAGUUGCAGAAACAAGAAAAAAAUAAAGAGAAACAGAAAGCUGGGCCAUCAAAGAAAGAUAUUGACAAAAGCAAGAAGAAGAUGAUGCUGAUGGAAACGCAUAAUGAUGAAAUCAGCCAAGUGGGCAAGGCAUCCAAAAUCUUUGAGCGGAUGGUUCAUCAGAAUACAUUUGAUGACAUAGCACAAGAUUUCAAAUACUUUGAGGAUGCGUCUGAUGAGUUCAGGGACCAGGAGGGCACUCUUCUCCCUUUGUGGAAGUUCCAAUAUGACAAAGCCAAAAGACUGUCUGUCACUGCCCUCUGCUGGAAUAAGAAAUAUCAGGACCUGUUUGCUGUGGGAAUGGGAUCCUAUGACUUCAGUAAACAGGGGCGCGGCAUGCUUGUCUUCUACUCAUUGAAGAACUCUGCCUUUCCAGAGUACAUCUACCCUACCAGUUCUGGUGUGCUGUGUGUCGACAUCCAUGAGCAUUAUUCCUACCUGGCGGCAGUAGGUUUCUAUGAUGGCUGCGUGGCUGUCUACAACUUGAAGGAGGAGGGACAGGAGCCAGUGUAUAAGAGUACAGCCAAGGCUGGCAAGCAUACUGACCCAGUCUGGCAGGUGUGCUGGCAGAAUGAUGACUUGGACAAUAAUCACAAUUUCUAUUCUGUGUCAUCUGAUGGCCGAGUUGUGUCCUGGACACUCGUCAAGAAUGAGCUGGUCUUUACAGACAUUAUAAGACUGUCUCUGAAUGGUGCUUUCUCUGAGGGUCCAGAAGGUGCCCAGCAGCCCGGCAUUGCCUGUGGAACAUCUUUUGACUUCCAUAAACAAAUUGACUAUCUCUUCCUAGUUGGCACAGAGGAGGGCAAAAUACACAAGUGCUCCAAGACUUACUCAAGCCAGUUCCUGGAAACCUAUGAUGCCCAUAGCAUGGCAGUGGAUGCUGUAAAGUGGAACCACUUCCACCCAAAGGUUUUCAUUUCUUGCAGUUCAGACUGGACCGUCAAGAUCUGGGACCACACAAUCAACACUCCAAUGUUCACCUUUGACCUGGGUGCAGCUGUUGGUGAUGUUGCCUGGUCACCAUACUCCUCCACUGUAUUUGCAGCUGUCACAACAGAUGGAAUAGUCCAUGUUUUUGACCUCAGUGUCAACAAAUAUGAGGCCAUCUGCCAGCAGUCAGUGGUGGCCAAAAAGAAGACCAAGCUAACUCACAUUGAGUUUAAUCCAAUCUAUCCAAUCAUCAUAGUGGGUGAUGACCGAGGCUAUGUCACCAGCCUCAAACUCUCCCCUAACCUCCGCAAGAAACCCAAGGCCAAGAAGGGUCAGGAGCUGCCUAAGGGUCCAGAAGUGGAAGUAGCCAAGAUGGAGAAGCUCCUCAGUCUGCUGACAGAACCAGACCAAAGCACAGUCUAAGACGACCACCGUGGCUUCUCUCCCAAACACAACAACAUGGUACAAUCCUUUAUUCGCAUUCAGAAAACAACCCUCUUCUUUUGCUCAGUGAGUGCAAAAGUAAGCAACGUUGACAUAGCAAGAAAACAAUCUGUAUGCGUUCAUUAAAAAAAAAAAAAAAUCCUCUGAUCUCUCUUAA